GACCGGCCGCCGCUGUCGGUCCGGUCCCAGUUUCAGUUUACGUCCGGCCACCUGCAGAGGCAGGUGUGGGUGCUCGCGCGCGCUCAGUUGUGACCGAACACCGGCCCGUCAGGUGUGCGCACGAGCCGUGAAGUGCGCUCAGUUUUCCCAGUGGCGUCCCGACCCCCACCGAGGAACGGCGCGCGUCGCUUCGUGUGCAUCGUGCAUCCCAGCCAGGCAUCGUGUGUAAAACACCAUGCCUGUGAUCGUCGCGGUCUUCGCGGCUCUCGUCUGCUUGCAAGGAGCGCAAGCUGUGAAGAUCACCGAACUAUCGGUGCCUUCCACGGUCCUGAACGGCUCAGUAAACAGCAUCGUCCUCGACUGUCUCUACGCCCUUGAAUCUCCGAACAACACAGCCUCCGGCCUGGUGGUCAAAUGGUACCACAACCGCAGCCCGGCGCCCGUCUACCAGUGGAUCCCCGGCUACCCGCCGCAGGCGUUCGGCAUCCUCCGGGGUCGGGUCAACCUGGGUCACGUGAUCAGCAAUGACCCGCAGAUGCGUCACCGUGCCAUCCAGCUGGUGCACCCUCGUCCGGAGUUGAGCGGCGAGUUCACGUGCAAGGUGUCCACCUGGUCGGGCGUCGACACGGCCACCAAGAGGAUGACCAUCUACGCUCCCGUCAAAUCGAUGAGCAUAUCGAGCUCCAGACCGAAGGCGCAUCACAUGACCUUGACCUGUCAGGCCGAGGGCAUGUACCCUGAGCCCGAGGUCAGCAUCGUACUGCAGCACUCGCACGCCGAAAGGGAGCGACUGCGUGGUCUUCAGGUCACCAAAACGCUGGUGGACGGCGCCUACAGUGUCAAGGUCACCAAGGACCUGGACGAGCGCGAGGUGCCCGUGCACUGUCUGAUCCACUGUGAGCUGAUCCUGCCCAACACCGGGUACAAGGUGGCAGAGAAGAUACCGCACAUCAGAGGCGCACCUUCGCGAUCAUCUACUCCGAUCUUCAGCAGACAGGAAAAGUUCACAGGUCGGUCACUGCGGAGAUUAUCAGACUCGCAAUCCUCUGAGGGCCACUCCAGAAGCAGCAGCAGUCAGUCAUCCGCCUCCUUCGUAGUCGUUCUACUUUGUUUGCUGACUCUGCGAUAAAACGACGGAGCGAAUCGCGACUUCUUGGAGGCGAUUCAGAACUGCUUCCGCUGCUCAGUGACCCACUGUGACGUCAUCAAUGUGACGUCAUAGUACACAACUAGUCAGAGACUCGAGAGGUCCCAAGUGCCUGUGAUUUCAGAGCCUACCCGCGGCUCAGCGCACUGAUCGGAGAGUGGUAUCAAUGAUCAAAACGUGUAUUACGAAUUGUUUACUGUGUGUUGAGUGUGUGAGAUUAGUUUCGUGUAGGUUAGAGUGUAUGCAUAUAUUGUUGUUGCCAAAUAUAUUACGUGUACCGUC